AUGGAAAGUUAUCCAAAUACUUUUGGUAGUAAAUUUGUAACAUUAUUCCCAUGGAGCAAAAAAGCAACAAAUGUUUCCCGUCUUACCUUUGACAUUAUUAAUGCAUCAGAAAAUGAGACAGCAAUUGUUAAUAUAGAAUAUGAUGAUGAUGGCUUUAAAAAGCUGGAAACAAUGAUGCAAUUACCAAAGAAAGUAUUGAAUGUUAAACCAAAUUCUUAUAUUACACAUAAAUUUGAUACGAUAACAAUAAUGACACGAUUAUUUGAAGAGAAGAAAAUUGUUAUUCCUGUUCGUGCACGACGAAUUUUCAUUUCUUCCAACUCACCUAUUUCCAUCAUUCAGUGUAUUUUUAUCACUAAGAAAAUUGGUGAUUGCUUUACAGUUAUACCGGUAACAAUGGCCGGGAAUCAUUAUUCAUUUUCAAUUGGAUCAUCGAUAUUUAACGGUAUAGUGACAGCUUAUUUCAUCCCAACACAUACCGAUUCACAUAUUAAUAUUACAACUGUUACGAAGAAUGGUUUGGAGCGCAUCAGUAGAAUCUCUCGGUUUAAGCAGGGAUCAAUGAUUUAUGCAUACAACAAUUCGAUCAGCAAUUCUUUUACAGUACACAUAUCGGCUUCAUCUCCAAUUAUAAUUCUGUUAGCAAUGCGAACACAUUUGACGAAAACUUCUUCUGAAACUUUUGCAUGUACAAUGCUUGUGGCAUUACCAAAUAAAGUUUAUUCCGAAAUAGCACUUUGGGAUGAUUUUGAUGUUCAUUUUGCUCCUUUACAAUCUUCUAAAAAUUAUCAAACACAACUUUUACUAUCGGCACCAUCGCAAAACUGUCAACCAUUUACCGUUGCUACAUUUCGACCUAACAAAACGAAACUAAUUGAUAUUAAGCCGAACAAUAUCUCCAAUGAUAUUGCUAUAAAAUGGAAUUAUCGUAUAAGUGAUGCAAUUGUUGGCUAUGCAUCGAAGUUUACUUUCACCCUAUAUCAUGCAUAA